GGAUGUCGGUGUGCGCCCUACAUCGAUUCCAGCUCCUGCCUUUCACCCUUCUCGCACGGCUACUAUUCAUCCCACCGACGAGGCAGCGCUGACGAACCCUUGUUCUCCAUUCUCCAAACCUAGCCUCUGCGCGAUUUGAUGUUCGUUCAAAGUUCGCAGCAGAAAUAUAGGGCUGCAGUAAAUCGCGCACUACGCUGGCGAUCUGUGGAGCGAGGGGUCUAUCAGAACGCCUUCAGAUUCGGGCGCUGCGCAAAGAAGUUCGUUAGGAGGUCCCGUUGCCUCGCCCGUCUUCCCUCCAUGAUCCCAGAGGGCGUUGGGGCGCGGUGUGAAAGUGACACCCUCGUGUGGGGGAGAGGCGGAGCGAGGGCGGAUGUGAGGCGCGUUGGAGAUGGCCUUCGAGGGGGCCACGAAGGUACGCUAGGGCUUCUUACCGGUUCGUUGGCCUGCCCCUGGGCGGUGUGGCCUUCGAAAGGGUCGCAGAGAUACGUGCCAGCAGUAUCGCGCUGGUGUUGUGGUGUCGCCAAGUUAGAAGUUACAGUGAGGCUCCGCUACCAGCCUCCCAUCCUAGCAGUGCAUCUUGUACUCCGUAUCCUCGGCUCGGCCAGAUAUAGAAAAGUUGACUCACCAGACAAAAAUUAUUCGGGGAUUACCAGUCGGUCUUAGAGAACAUGAAGGCCUCACAGCUUCAGCAUGUGAAAGAGACUAAGAUGGCAAGUAGUUGAACGACAUGGAUUUUGGGGACACC